AAAGAAAGCACAAGAAAAUGUUUCUGGUGUGAAACAUCGGUGAGCAAAGAAGUUUGCAUGGAAUCCUUUUUUGAAUGGAUCUGUCUGGAAUUCUUGACCGAAGCUCGUUUCUCCGCUGAGAACUACUUUCUGAUUGCUCAAACAAUGCCGACUCUUACCAUAAACGAAACUUUUGAUGGAUGCAGUGAAAACCUAUACAAUGAAACUACUAGAUCUUACACUGUCGUUGAGACAACUCUAAUUGCAACCAUAACUACUCUCCUCAGCUUGGCGACAAUCAUAGGAAAUGUUUUAGUUAUGGUGUCUUUCAAAAUGGACCGGAGGCUCCAAACGGUUAAUAAUUACUUUCUCCUCAGCCUAGCAGUUGCUGACUUUAUGAUAGGUCUAUUUUCCAUGCCUUUGUUCACAGGUUAUACUUUACUGGAAGGAUGGAAACUUGGACCUAUUGUAUGUGACCUCUGGCUCGCAUUAGACUAUUUGUGCAGCAAUGCUUCGGUUCUCAAUUUGCUCAUGAUUAGUUUCGACCGCUACUUUUCGGUCACAAAUCCUCUUCGAUACCGAGCUCGGAGGAAUAGUCGUCUUGCUGCGAUCAUGAUAGCAUGUGCUUGGAUUCUAUCUUUCUUGACUUGGCCACCAUGGAUUCUAGCAUGGCCGUAUAUAGAGGGCAAGAGAUCUGUACCGGAAAACAAAUGUUACAUACAGUUCCUCGAAACGAAUUCUUACAUAACAGUUAUUACGGCACUGAUUGCAUUUUAUGUACCCGUAAUUGUUAUGUGUGUUUUGUACUACAAAAUCUGGCGAGAGACGGAGAAUAGGAAGCACUAUCUGGCGGAGUUAAUUGCAGAAAAUGAGCAGUCUACUGAACAGGCAACCACCUGCCUGCCUGCGCCAACUGUGUGCAACAGUAUCAACGAAGAGGAAAAGAACUGUACUCAUCGAGUAAAGGAUUUCCUUAUAACUUUAUGUAAUGUUGAUUGCGAUGAUGGGGGAGAAGAUGAUAGUACAAGCCCUGGGGCUACAACUCCAAGUUCGGCCGAAACGCCGAUUCAGUCUUCCAGAGCCACUUCUGUCACACUGCGCCCUGAGCAGAUUGCGUACGUUCAGGCCCUUCUAAACCAGGAAGAAGAGAAUCUUGCUGCUGCUGCAAAAGAAACCAUUUACACAGUCAUGAUCCGACUUCCUGAUCCAGCCGAUCCGAACUUCGAGCCCCAACCCACAGUUACCAUGAUAGACGAAGUUCCGGCUCCUCCGGCACCAAUGAGGUCAUCUUUGAGUACAAGCGCUCUGAUGGCCCAUUCAGUGAAUGAUCACAGGCUCAUGCGUUGUAGUUCCAGUGAGGUUUUAAACGCUUCUAGAUUAGCUGGACUGCCGGGUGCUAAACAAGCCAGACUUCAGCGACCCAAUAUAAAGAAAAGGAACAACAAAGUUCAAGAAAAGAAACAUGACAGGAAAGCGGCGCGGACGUUAAGUGCCAUUCUUUUGGCCUUCAUCAUCACAUGGACACCUUAUAAUGUUCUUGUACUGGUCAAGAGUGUGGAGACGUUUGUCAGUUGCAAUGAUAUCAUACCGCAGAUUCUAUGGGAUUUUUCGUACUAUUUGUGCUAUCUUAACAGUAUGAUCAAUCCCGUCUGCUAUGCUCUUGCUAAUGCGAAUUUUAGGAAAACUUAUUGGAGAAUACUGACAUGCACAUGGAGAAAAAAGUCAAAACUUAGUAUUAUUCGAGGUCUCCACUCUAAAGCUUCUUGACAUAAGGCCGAUAGGCGAAUCAACAAGCAAGUAAAUUAUAAGAGAUAUUCAAAACCGGUGACUUUUGCUUCUUCUGGAGUAACUUCUUACCGUGGGCCAAUAACUAGCUAAUAGCUGUUCGAGCCUGAUGAUAUUAUGUAAGGCGAGCCAAUGAUUACUUAAGCUCAAAGAUAUCAUGAAAAGGGGACAAUAAAUAUGAUGAUAUGUCUCAUAGAGGACUUUUCCACUCGAACAAUUUGGUUGCACUUCACUUUUUCCUCUGUUCUCCGUUACGCAGAUCUUCUUUGCGCAUUGUAACCAUUUUAAUGUCAAUCCACACGUAACCGUUCAAGCUUUUAGAGCUUUUGUAUCGUGUACAAAGUUCUGCAGUAUCACUAGGUUUCUCAAAUCAUAAAGGUGCUUUUUCAUUUAUGUGCUGUUAUCCAUGAAAAGUAUGGGCAAGCAUUCUCUUUGGAAAUAUAUGAACUUUAAUUUUGUGGUGCUAGAGACGUUAAUAUAAUAUAUAGAAUACAUGUUCUUUUAAUAACAUUUUGUAAAAUGAUGUGACCUUCUCUUUUAGGUUUUCUAAUUUGAACAUCAGGAAUUUUCUCGUACACUUCUUUUGCGAUUAUGAAAUUUCUGAUUCGAAAACUUGUAACAAAAUUCUUUCAUAUUUAAGUUAUAAUUUUCCUAGUUUAUUACUGUCAAUGUGACGAUUUAAGUAGUAAAAAAUAGUUGCCUGUCAAUAAAGUUUUACCUUGAAUUUUAAGAUGCUGCAAAGUGAAAUCAAUAACAUGUUGAGAUAUUCUAAAUAGUGUUCUCUCAUUAUUAAAACAAAUAGAUAUUUGGUGAAACUGAAACGAAUUUUAUGCUUUUCUGUAACUGAAUGUAUUGUUACACAAAAGAUGUAAGGAAAUUAUAAAAUUCUGACUAUAUUUUAAAUGACGAUCAUUAAUGUUUUUAGUAUAUAGUAUUUCAAAAACAACAUAACAUUUAUUUUGAAAUACAAGAAGAAAUUUUUAAAGGUUUUUAGAAGAAAGAAGCAUAUACAUCUUCUACUCUUUCAUAAGUAUCAUAUAUUUCAUUCCAUACACAAAUUUAAAAUAUGACUUAAACCUAAUAAAACUUAUUGAAAGAAAAUUUUUAUACAUUCUGUUAUUCAAUGAUCUUUAUUUAUUUUUUAUUCAUUUAUUUAUUUAUUUAUUUAUUGUCAUUUAAAUGAUUUUACCUAUUUGUCGCUUUACUGUCAUUAUUUCUGUGCCUAAAUAUUUUUUGAAAAGUGUUUGUUUCAUUUCCUAGAAUGAUUUCAUAGGUUCAACACAGAAGCAAAACUUCUUCCAUGUUUUGUCAUAUUGUGUUUCAUAAUUUUGUUUACUGUUAUGCUAAUUUUCAGCUCUCUGUAUGAUUCAUUUUAUGUACGCAUUUUUUGUCAAAAUCGAUUGCUGUGUUUAACCAUGCAGUGAAACUCGUAAAGCAAAUAACUUUCUUGGUGGAUUCAAAAUAAAUACAAUUUUUCAUUUCUUAUUCUUUUCAGUAAGUAUAUUUCGUUUCUGAUUUCUUAUAUUAAACAGAGUUUUGAGCUACUCACGAUUUGCAUACGUUUUUUUAUUAAAUUUAAAAACACAGUGCUCUAAAAAUGACAAGAUUAAUUUGUAACAGAAUAUUUCAGAUAUACUUGGAACUAGUUACAGUUUAGUUUGGUAAAAAUGAAGUAUAAUUUUUAAAUAUCUUGUAAGGCAUUUUUAUAAGAUCCCUUAGUGCCUACUGGAGACAGUAACAGAUGCUUAUAUAAAAUUAACAAUUUUAUGUAUUUUACUUGAAUUUUUAAAUUACUAUUUAUUUGUACUAAGUAUCAUCUCUUGGAAUCUGGAAUAAACAAUCCAAAGACUUUAACAGGCAUUCGUGCUCUUUCGCAGAUUAGGAUUAUUUCUCAAGCACUGGUGGGAAAACUGGCUUGUUUGCCUGAAUCUUGUUCUUUAAUCUUUGAAUGACAAAGUACUGCAAGAUGGAAUAAUGACCACAUAUCUUCCACUAAAAGAUGGAGCCAAAUGUUUUAUGAGAUCGUUCCACGGUUAGAUUCUUUCGUUUGAAGACAUCAGUUUUUUGAACUUAAUCUAGAAAACAUGUGUACCAAAAGAAAAAGAGAGAGUAGAGUUUGGGUUGUGUAGUUUUCAUGCUAUUACAAAGGCUAUUGACAGGCAUAUUAAAAAUGACAGAGAAAAACAAAUAAUGUUUGAAUGUUUAUCAGAUUCUCAGUGCCGUAAUUUAGAACGUCUUAAGACAUGGAUAAUUAUGUCUAGUAACAAUAUAAGCAGGAGUUAUUACAUGUAGCCAAAUCAGUCAUGUAAAACUAUACUCGUAACUAGUAAGGCCUUGAUAACAAGUUUAUGAUAAAAAAAGACGCUAAUCCCAAGUUCCACUGGCUUUGUCAACACAUACGUGAUACGUUUGCGAAAUUGUAAUUCCAGUAUGGUGUCGAAAAUAGCCACCAAGAUAUUUAGAAGUGUUCUAUGGUAAUAUGAUCUCCAGUUGUAAUGUGUCACCUUAUUUUUUUACUUCCUAAUUGAACAUUAAACAGCACUUUUAAUGUGGUUGACUUUUACUCUUCAGAGUUUGCACUAAUGGUGUACUUCAGUGAUUACCUGUUGUAGUUUAUCAAAUGUCAAUGUUGUAAUUUCGAAUCGAAGUGACUUUUUGUGAGUUCAAAGAUUUAUGAAAAAUUUUUGCAUUAUCGGCACAUUUAGCAAUGAUGCUUCAACCAGAAGAUGCAUCCUGUUGGUCUUUUCUUUUUAAGAAUUUCUCUACGGUCACAAAUUUUAGCACCUAUUUUACAGUCUCAGACCGAGUCGGUUGCCAGAUAUUGUUUCUUAAAACUUUAGUUACUAAGAAAAAAUUACUUAAAACACUAAUAUUCAUAAUCAUGUAGUUUUAAAUCGGUUGUUUCCCUUUACAAAAUUUAAAUGCAAUAAAACAGAAAAGUUUAUUUCAUUUAAGGUUUACAUAAAAAUUAACAUUUUUUUCUUUUUCAAGUGUGAGUUAAAUAGUGUAUUUACUGAAUUACUACUAAAUAAUUAUGAUUUUUAGGAUUAAUUUGUACUCUCGAGCGAAAGAUAAAUUUCUAUAUAAACAUACUAUUGUUUUCACAAUGACUUAUCAAUGACUUUAAUCGUAUGUUUGCAUUUCAAUUUUACAGUUUUUUUUUUUUUUUUUUUUUUUUUUUUUGGAAAUUUUAAAAUGUUGAAUUAUUCAAUUAAAGUAUUCUUGAAGUUAAAAUUACGUUGAACUGCAUUUGUUAGUAAGCUCUGGUUCUCAUGUGAAUUUCUACUAUUUCUUUUUUUUUUUAAUUACUAAACCUUGCAUUGUCUUCUUAUGAAUAGCUUGUCUUUUCUUGUGAAGAGAAUAUCAGAGUCCAACAGACUAACAUUUCUUUUAAAAAAAUAGAAAUAAAAAAUUAAUUCUAAAAUUCAUGUAAAAAAUGUUUACGCAUUAAUAAUUCAAGAAGAGCACUUUUCACUUCGCAAGAAAGGGGGGAGGUUGGACUUAUUUAUAAAGUAGCCGAUCAAAUCUUAUGAAUGUAAUAUAAUAGUCACAUGAAUGGAAAGAGAAAAUAUUUAGAUAUUGUUUCAAAUUCCUUGUCAUCCAUUCCAUUACAUUAAAAAUUCAAAACUGUAAAAAAAAGCUGUUUAACAAAUUUGAUUGCUAAACAUUCUGGCAUCCAAAAUUCGAGAGAAAUGUUUUUGAUGUUGUGAAUGUGAAACAACUUUGCAUUUAUACAUAUGUGUACGAAAGUGCUCAUUUUUCUCUUUUAUAUGCAUAUAUAUAUAUAUCAUACGUGGUGUAAAGUAAUUACCACAUAAGUGGUAUGGUUGUAAAUGUUUGUUUAUAUGUGUAAAAUAAAAAUCUGAAAGCUUC